GAAAACAAUCCGAAAAAUAAUAUACAAUCAUUUUGUUGGUAAACCGUAGUCAAUUGGACAAUUAACUAAAGUCAGGAAACAAGACUGAGUUUACUGAAUGGACAGUUAAAUGAAUGCUGAAGAUAGCGUACCUAGUGUUUACCUCCUUUGGAAUCCUGCAAUCAAGCUCGACUACUGUUUCAUCAAAUGAAGACGACUUUCAGCACAAUUAUGUAAACAAAAUGUUAUCGUAUAUGAACCAAUCAGUUCAACCUUGUGAAGAUUUUUACGAAUACGCCUGUGGCAACUGGAAAAAUAUCUUCAAACACCAACAAACACAUUACAAAGUGCCAUAUUUUCCUGAAGUUAACUACAACAUACAGAAUGUAGUUGAGGCCGUGCUAGAGAAAUCCCAUAUCAAUGAUUCGGCUCCGGAAUAUGAAGAGGAAUUUCAAAAGGCCAAAAAAUUCUACAGCAACUGCAUGCAAACUGAAUUAUACCCAAUGCGUAAAUCAUUGGCUUACUUGGAUAUCAUCAAGCAGAUAGGUGGCUUCCCGGCUAUUGAAGACAAGUGGAAUGCUUCGCAAUUUGAUUGGCUAAAUAUGACCUACCAAAUGACCCAACACGGAGUAGAAGUUCUGACUAUGGAGGAAUCCAUUAUAACCUUAUAUCCAUUCAACGUAUAUUUAACUGUUCCUGAUUUUGGAUUUGACAUUACUCUGUACUAUGAUACCAUCAUGAACAUUUCCUCAAAUGCCUACAAAAUCAAUAGUAAACGCAUGCAUGAUAUUUUAAAGUUAUACGAAGUGCCUGCGGAAAAACGCCAAACUAUUGUUGAUGACAUUUUUGAAUUUUUAAAAGAAACUUUAAAUGUCACCAAAAAAUUUGAUCAAAAGCAUUUGAAAUGGCAAUGCCAUCUCAUUGAAGAUGAUUUAGAAUAUAGUGCCGUUUAUGCUGUGAAGAAACAAUUUGCUCCUUAUUAUAGAGAUCCAUGCAUUUAUUUCUAUCACCGUUUUAAUAAAAUAAUCGAAAAACGCCAAGCGGCUGUGGCCAAUUAUUUGGCAUUGAAAUUCUUGUAUCAUAUGGACGCCCAACUGAAGGAUGCCGAUUCUCAGAAAGACUUUUGUAUACAACAUGUUCUGCAAACCAUGAUUUAUUUCUUUGAUCAUCUAUACAUGAAGAUAUUCUUUAGCACGGAUAUUAAGAAUGAUGUUCAUAAUAUGAUACAGGAAAUGCGCAAAAGUUUGCACACAUUGCUAUUACAGGCCGAUUGGAUGGAUGCAACUACUCUCAAGUCAGCCCUUCAAAAGGCAUCAUUGCUAGGUGAACAACUUGGCAGAUACGAAGAUCCCGCUUUGAUCAAACGACUCUUAGAUGAAUUGAAAAAUCUUGAGUUUAUAGAAGGAAAUUUCCAUCAGAAUAUGCUCAACAUGAAAAAGUUCCAAUACACAAUGGCGCAUUACAGCACACUGCAUUUUGAAGAGUUAGAUGAGGAAACCCAAAACCUAGCAUGGCUUGUGGGUAUUAAGACCGAAGUCUCUACUGUUGAGAAUAAUAUCUACAUAACGGCUGGCGUUUUGCAGCCACCAUUAUAUCACAACUCUUGGCCUGAUUAUAUAAAAUAUGGUGCUUUAGGAUCAAUAUUGGGUCACGAAUUCACACACGGAUUUACAGGUGGCGGUUUUCGCUUGGGCAGCAUGGGAGAAUUUAACAUGUGGUUGUCGAGUGCAUCAAAUAUAUCCUACCGUAAUCGGACUCAAUGCUUUGUAAAGCAUUAUGAAAAAUAUGUUGUACCAGAAAUUCACCGUAGAGUUAACGGAACUUUAACCCUAGAUGAAAAUAUUGCCGACAUCGAGGGUUUGCGCAUGGCUUACAUGGCAUAUCGACAACAAAAUCAGAGUAGUGAUACAAAAUCAGGUUUACCAGCGUCAAGUUUAGAAUUUUCGUCUGAGCAAUUGUUCUUUUUGGCAGCAUCCCAAAACUUUUGCAAGUCAUUUAAUGAAGCAGAUUAUUGGGAAUUUGUAACGGAUCUGAAUGUAGUCAACAAAUAUCGAGUUCUGGGCAUGCUAUCAAACAACGAAGAUUUUGCAAGGGCCUACAACUGUCCCCUGGGGAGUAAGAUGAAUCCCACUAAGGAAAAAUGUCGAAUUUUCUAGUUUAAUAUCCGGUUCCCCGAUUUUUUUUAAUAAAAUGUGCAGAUUAACUGCAUAUAAAACUUUCUGCGAAAUUACA